AUGCAUAUCCUUGUGGUUAACGACGACGGCCCCCCGUCGAACCAGUCGUCUCCCUACGUCCAUUCUCUCGUCCACACGCUACAAUCGGCCGGGCAUGUGGUCUCGGUGGUUCUGCCACACCAACAGCGAUCUUGGAUCGGCAAGGCUCAUUUGAUCGGUGCUUCGGUGAAGCCUACCUACUUCCGACCGGGCACACUCCAUCAAGACGAUGGAACUACACACGCGUUGCCUCGGUGCUACAGUGAGGACGAGAAAGACCAUGACGGCGACGAAUGGGUCUUGAUAGACUCAACCCCGGCCAGUUGCGUCCAGAUCGGUCUCUACCAUUAUUUCCAGGAUCGGGGGCCGGUGGAUCUCGUGGUUUCAGGCCCGAACUACGGCCGGAACACAACCUCACUGUUCGCCAUGUCGAGUGGCACAAUCGGUGGUGCUAUGGAGGCAGCUGCCUGUGGAAAACGCGCGGUGGCUCUAUCUUACGCUUUCAGUUCCCGAGACCAUGAUCCGGUUGUGAUUGCCGAAGCGUCCGGCCACUCGGUUCGAUUGAUCGAAUACCUCGCUAAGAACUGGGCGGAUGGCGUGGACCUUUACUCUGUUAAUGUACCACUGGAGCCUGGAGUCAGUGAAAAUAAAAUCUUCUAUACCGAGAUGCUCGACAAUCGGUGGAAAUCGGGGAGUUGUUUCCAGGCGGUGGAAGCCGCCGUGUCCGACAAAAAUCCCAAUUUACGCGAGCAGGAGGUGCGGAAUCAGGGAGGUACAUCUAAGGCACAACUUGCCGAUGGUGCUCCCGCACGGAGGUCUCAGAUCCAACACAAGCAUUUCCAAUGGGCACCAAACUUCUCCGAUGUCUACAAGAGCGUCGAAGACAGCAAGCCGGGUAAUGACGGUUGGACGGUCAAGGAGGGAAUGACAAGCGUCACACCCUUGAAGGUCAACUUCAUGCACGCGCCCGGAUUUCAAGGAGAGAUUAAGCUACCCGAUAAUGAUGAGCCUGCAUUACAUUCUAUUGUGGACAGUGAUGAUCCAUAUGUCCAAAGUCUGAUGGAACAAGCACUACGACGUCGGCUCGGCGAAACCCGCUAUAAAGCUAUAUCUUCGUUGUCAGAUCUACCAUCUACUUCAACGCCCGUGUUCCAGUAUCGUGAAUACGAACGCCUUGAUUUUGAGCAUGUCAUGUUCAAUUCCUCCACGUCUCUGGCCAAUGCUUAUAUCAUUCGCAAGGCAUUAAUCCGCAAGCAUUAUCUAUCCAACACGGUGACCACCUGGAUCACGAAGCACCCAGACAGUAUCUUAGGAAAACAUGUCAAAUUAGGAUAUGAUUUUGAGCUGGACUACGCGGAAUUUCUUGAUGAUGCGCUACUGGAGGCGUACGAGCUGCGGGACAGCUUGGAGAAGAACGAAGAGAGACCGGCAUCGGAGAAGGAGUGGUGGAUCCUAAAACCCGGCAUGAGUGAUCGUGGCCAAGGAAUCCGUCUCUUCAACAGCGAAGAACAGUUGCAAGAGAUAUUCGAAGAAUGGGAAGUCGACGAAUCAGAUGCAGAGAGUGGAUCAGAGCGGCCUGAAGAGGAGCAGGAUGAUGAGGAUGAUGGUGGUAACGGAGUGGUUACAUCCCAGUUGCGCCAUUUCAUCGCCCAGCCGUACAUCGAUCCGCCUUUGCUUCUCCCUUCCUCGUCUCAGCGAAAGUUUCACAUCCGCACGUAUGUCCUUGCUGUGGGCGCCUUGAAGGUCUACGUCUUCGAUGAAAUGCUCGCGCUGUUCGCGGCAAAACCAUACUGUCCCCCAUGGGAGGAUGAGGAUGAGGUGACGGAUCUUGCACGACAUCUUACAAACACAUGUUUCCAGGAGGGCGGUAGUGCCAACAAAGAGAGCGUUCGUCGAUUCUGGCAGCUAGAUCACUAUGUCCCGGGGCUCGGGGACGAUUGGAAGUCAAAGGUCUUUGACCAAAUCUGUGCCGUGACGGGUGAAGUUUUCGAAGCUGCCGCCAGGGGAAUGAUGAUUCAUUUCCAGACCCUUCCCAACGCGUUUGAACUGUACGGCCUGGACUUCCUGGUCGACAAACAGGGAACUGCAUGGCUCCUUGAAGUGAACGCCUAUCCCGACUUUGCUCAAACAGGAGAAGACCUGAAAGAGGCCGUUGUGGGCCGUCUCUUCGAAGAGACGGUGGACGUUGCCGUCAAACCCUUUUUUGGAGUGGACGAAUCGGCCGCUGAGGGUACUGAACAUAUGAAACUGGUCGCUAAUGUUGAUCUCGGAAGGAAGUUCUAG